CCCUCGCUAGGCCAGGUGCAACCUGCAAAUGACGCGCAGUUAGCGAACUCCUGGCUGGCCCUGAGAUGUUCAGUGACACAUCUCAGGGGUGGCUGGAUGUUAAACCGUACGUCUGCUAGACCAGCGGAUGAGCUAUGAGCGAAACAGCGACCUCCAGGGGAUGUCUUCUUGGCAGUGAAGGUCUUGCAGAGAGCGCUUUUCAACUGGACUCAGGAGCGUGAGCUGGCUCAGAUGGCGCCUCCGCCCGCCGCGCCGGCGAUGCCGAUGAACGCGGCCAACUUGCUGAACCAGACGCAGGUCAGCAAAAGGAUCCUCAACAACAUGCAGAAGGAGAUGCGAGUCGAGUGCCCGGAGCUGGCGGGGCUCAUCAGCCUGCUGGUCCACAUGCUGAUCCGCAACAAGGAUUGGGCCACUGUGAUAGCCACCGUGGACCAAAUCUUCGAGAACAAGGAGAUGAUGAAGAACCUGUCGCAGGGGGACAAGGACACGCUGAAGCUGCGCAAGGCUGUGGCCUCCCACAAGUUGGAGUUCAAGAAGCCCUUCUCCUCCAGUCUAGUGUUCGAGGAGGUCCAGGCCAACUUUCAGGCUGCCCACCCUGGCUACCACAGCAAGCGCGUAGCGGCACGAGGGCUUCGGCACCUGGAAUUUCUGCAGCAGCAGGCGGAAGCGGUGGAGCGCAAGGAUCCUCGGCCUCUGAGAGGGCUGGCACGCCUGCGUGCAAUGGACGCAUGAUAGCCAGCAAGUUUGAAAGGGAAUGACCUAUGUGGAUGGCCUUUUUUGGUGGUCUCAA